AAAUAAAUAGUGCUCCGAUUAUGAGGGUGUUGCCGUGAUAUUUACCAAAUACGAAAAUGGUUUGCCUAAAGAGUGUUGUGUUCAAAUCGGAUCAAUAGCGGUCUACCAUCUAAAUUUCGUUUUGAGAAACUAUGCUCCAGGAAUUGUGCAUUUCAUAUCAUCGAAUCUCAACCAAAUUUCUAAGGCAACAGAUGAAACUAAUCAUGUCCAAACCCAGAUUAAAAUGGAUGAUGCUGAUGCUUCUCUCACUCAUUGCAUUCAGUUGGUGCCUAUUCUAUAGUUCCAAUAUGAACCGGGUAGACGUUCGAUAUUGCUAUAUGAAUACAUUUACUACCGUUCCUUCAAUUUCUUCACCAACACAUAACAAACCUGCCGAUGGACCACAUCUUUUAGAAGACGUGAUGCUAGUUGAACCAAAGCCCAACGCAAGUGGACGCAGUAUCAUAUUUCACGAAACCAGUUGCCCACACGAGAAACUGCGAAGUAGUGUCAAAUAUAUGGGCAACGCACCACUUAAUAUGAUGGAGUUAACAACGCGAGAAGCUUGUGCCAUCGAGUCGGCCGCAUUACACAAUCCGAGCUUUAGCGUUUUUGUAUUAUUCGCUAGUCCCGCUUACCGAGAUUACAAUAACACCCCACCAGUGAUAGAAGCAAUUCUCAGCUAUCCAAACGUACAUCUACGUAAUUUAAAUUUAUGGACUUAUGCAGCUGGUACUCCAAUGUACCAGUGGCUUAAAGAUGGAAAGCUCUUUAGUUCCAGUUAUGUGCUUUCACAUCUUUCCGACUUUCUGCGCUACCUAACAUUGUGGCGUUGGGGAGGAACUUAUCUCGAUAUGGAUGUUGUGGUUCUGCGUAGUCUCGAAAAAUUACCACCAAAUUAUACAGGCGCAGAGUCGAGUACAUUUCUUGCGGCAGGAGUGAUGAACUUUUCUCCCGAUGGCUUUGGCCACGAAAUCGCCGAGAAAUGCUUACUUGACUUUUUGUUAAAUUUCGACGGUGGAGAUUGGGGAAACAACGGGCCGGGCGUUAUAACACGCGUUAUGAAUGAUGUGUGCAAGACUAGUAACAUUGAGUUAAUGAUGGAACCAAAACGAUGUAUGGGCUUCCAUGUAAUGCCAAGGGAAGUAUUCUACGCAAUACCUUGGAAGAAAUGGGAAUAUUUCUUCGAAGCGCAGUACCUGACCGAGACACUAGAUUUGCUUCAACAUUCAUAUGUAGCUCAUGUGUGGAACAAACAUUCUAAGCAAAGGCGUAUAAAAGUGGGCGCCAAUGCCGCUUAUGGCAUAUUAGCUGAAAGGCAUUGCCCAAAAGUAUAUGCAGCAGCAGGGGAGUAUUUUUAAAAUAAAAGAACGUAAAUGGCAAUAGGAAUCCGGAUAAACGUCAUAGGUAUUUUAUUGCCGUAUUUAAAUUGGGGCAACUAAUCAGGAGUUAAGUGUAACUAAAAUAGUUGUUUAACUCAGAAGGAGGCAGCUUAGAAUGUACAACGCGUUCAAAUGUUAAGUUUUAUUGCUUAUGUUAUGUUAUUUUAUGUUUUCUGACGAAUGUUCUGUACAUAUAUAACUAUGAAGAGAUUUAACAGGUUUCAACCCCGACCAACAGGAAGUAUUCUCUUUGAAAACUCAUUACUGUAUUUUUUUUGUGGUAUUAAAAUUAAGCUAGUUUAUUUACACACCAGUUCUGCACAAACAAAAUUUAGCAAAUCCACUAAAGUAUAUAUUUUUUAUUCUUUAAACGAAUCUCAAUAAAUUAUUAACUUUUAAGUUACUCUUAAAAACCAAAGUGUACGUACAUAUGUAUAUACAAAAUUGUAUGAACUUUUGAUAUUGUUUUUACCUGUUAUUAAGCAAUCUCUGAACCACUAGGAUAUUAUAUAUAAUCCAUAUUAUUGAAGUCAUAGUGAUCAUUAAGUAGCAUUUACUUCAUCUUUCGCUUUCUUUUUUUUUUACCGAUAAUGCUCUGUAAAGUAGAAGUUUGUUUAGAAUAAAACAAAAAUGGUCAUACAAAAAUGUAGUUGAAAAAGCAAAAAUCCUUCCUAUUUCUGCUACGUGUGCGGUUCGAAAAUUAUUUUUAUACACAUAAUUUUGGAAGGAUCGAACUAAAUAGCGUAAAUGGGUAAUAACUAUGUGGAAUAUAAUAGAUUGCACCUGUAAGCCAAUAAUCAAAGUUUUACGAACAAAAUUGUUAUUUAAAAUAAAAC